AUGUUCCCGUCUAUAAAGAAAGAGUUUAAACUGCGUAACUUCUGUUUGAACUAUGAGCAUCCGUAUCAUUUCUACACUUCAACAGUUGAAAAAACAAAACAUUUCUACUUGGUAUGGAGAAUAUUUUGGUUCCUGUUUCAUUGCGCUGGGAUUAUUGCAAUAUUUAUACACACGAACACACCUUACUUAGGAAAACUGUUUGCUUUUGCGACAAUUCAGGGUUACCUGUUUCUAACAAUUACCACUCUUCUGGAUCUGAUAUUCGUAAUCUUAUUCCAAUAUAAGUGGCCCACGUCACGCCAAGACAAACAUCAGGAUGCAAUGCCGUGGUAUUUCAAGAUCAAUUGGUUCCUAUCGAAUAUUGCCUAUAACGGCGCAUUUUUUAUAACUCUAAUCUACUGGAUUUUACUCUACAAAGCUGGAAGGAACCUCGGUAUCAACAUUGUGGAACAUGCUAUGACGUCGGUCUAUACCUUUUUAAAUAUCUUCGUCACAAACAAGCCUACUCGUCUCCUUCAUUUUUGGCACACACUGAUUUGGAUGAUCACCUAUCUCAUCUUUUUGGGAAUUUAUUAUGUCAGCGGAGUUCUUCACCUAAUCACCCACCAGAACGAGUCCAACCCCAAUAGUGCCGUCGCAAACUUAAAUGAUCGUGUUGAUUGGAUGGAUAGAAACGCAAUCAGAAGUGUAGACAGCGUACAGAAGAGGGAUUCAUACACAUCACUGUGGGGCGCCGGCGCUAAAACAUUUGCAGCAAUAACGGCUGCUACCCUGGCCGUGAUGUUGCCAGGUUUCUGCUGUGAUUUGUGA